CCCGAACAACAAAGAUGUGAGGCAACCAACCAUGGCUGACGCUGCAGUCAACGCCAUACGCACCUAUCUCAGCUCCAAGUCACUGAUGCCCACUGCACAAUGGCUGCAAUCUUACAAGCCGUCCAUCAAACUUCAGACUCCACCCAUCGUGCAGCAGAAAUCCGCCGAGUCGCGUCUUCUGACCACAGACUUCACAUCCACCCUGCAGACCAGUGCAGCUUCAUGCUUUCCAGCAGGCGUGGCUAGUCCGGAAGUGCAAGAGCUGCGCGUGCCUGGCCCGGUGCCCGUGCAGGUCCUCGAGAUCGAAGACAUUGGACGCAGCAGAUGGAGCCAGGUCGAGGCCAUUGAAAUGGAGGAACGAGGCGAAAUGCGCAAAGGUCACGAAGUCAUACGCGUCGUUCCUGAUGAAGAGGACAACACAGACAUGAACCCGCCGGCAAACUCGGCCGAAAAAGGUGGUCCACAUAAGUUGUUGCUUCAAGAUGCGAAAGGCAGUAAAGCAUACGCUUUCGAAAUGACCAAGAUCAACAAAUUGGACAUCACUCUGCCUAUUGGCGCGAAGCUCAUACUGAAGGACUUCACCGUGUCCAGAGGCGUCAUCAUGCUCACACCUGGCAAUGUGGACUUGCUAGGUGGGAAGGUCGAGGCAUGGGACAAGAAGUGGAGAGAAGAGCGCAAGAAAGUGCUCAAAGAGAAAGCUGGUUGGAGGGAAGGUAUGGGGUUUGGCGAAGACGCCACUUGA